AUGCAGCAGCAUCUGAUGAUGAUUCAGAAAAGCACUAACAAGAACAAAAGCCAAUCUUUGAGAAACCUGAUUUUAUUACUCUCAACUUCAUUUUGUGUCACUUAUUACAUCCUUGUAUCAACUCAGCUUCUAGACACACCAAAGCAAAUACUACAACACUUGAAUAACAACUACUCUUCAAAACUCUCAUCAUCAUUACAAGAACAUUAUCCUUCAACCACUAUUGACCAUGUCGUGUUUGGAAUCGCCUCCAGUGGAGAUUCAUGGCCUAAGAGAAAACAAUACACAAAGCUCUGGUGGAACAAUAAAACAAUGAAGGGGUGUGUAUUCGUGGACAAAACGCCAAUCGAGAAUGAUAAUGACUCUUCUCUUCCUCCUCUGUGUGUCUCUGAAGACACUUCCCGGUUUAAGUACAGUUACAGGGGCGGUCUUCGAUCGGCGAUCCGCGUGGCGCGUGUGCUUAAGGAGACAGUGGCAUUGAAUCAUUCGGGUGUGAGGUGGUAUGUGUUUGGUGACGACGACACGGUGUUCUUGCCGGAGAAUCUGGUGAAGACGCUGUCCAAGUAUGAUGAUAGGCUUUGGUACUACAUAGGGUCGAAUUCGGAGAGUUAUAAACAGAAGUGGUUCUUUGGUUUUGACAUGGCAUAUGGUGGAGCUGGUUUUGCUAUAAGUGGUUCUCUAGCGAAGGUGUUGGCGAAGGUGUUUGAUGAAUGCAUUCAAAGGUAUCCGCAUGUGUAUGGGAGUGAUGGCAGAGUCUAUUCUUGUGUCACUGAACUUGGUCUUGCUUUAACACUUGAACCCGGUUUUCAUCAGGUUGAUUUGCGAAGAAAUGCAUUUGGGCUAUUGGCUUCACACCCCUUAACUCCCUUGGUGUCUCUCCACCAUCCUGAUUACAUUGAUCCAAUCUUUCCCAACAUCAACACCACGCGUGCAAAAUCUCUUGAGCAUUUAUUCCAAGCUGUCAAUGUUGAUUCCCAGAGGAUCCUACAACAAACUGUGUGCUAUCACAAGCGCUUUUCAUGGACUAUUUCCGUCUCAUGGGGCUAUGCUGUUCAGGUAUACCAGCAUCCUAUGUUACUAACAGAUGUUCUUAGAGUCCAAGGAACAUUCAAACAUUGGUCAGGUGGAGAUGUUCUCUCACCACUCUACACUUUCAACACUAGAGGAUUUCACCCUCAUCCGUGUAAGAGGCCUACCAUUUUCUAUCUUCAAGAUUUGUCCUAUGCUAAUAAUAGUAAAAUGAAUGGUAGCAUCGUAAGCAAUUACAACAAGUAUUUCCAGAAUUGCUCUUACGAUGAGGCAUCACCAAGGAGAUUGGAAAUGAUCAAAGUUUUCUCAAACAAGUUAGAGCUAGAUAUCAAACAGUUGCUGAGUCCAAGAAGGCAGUGUUGUGAUGUAUUGAACUCUAGCGCUAGCAACAUAAUUGAAAUUGGAAUUAGAGAAUGUAAAGAUGAUGAAUUGAUUUACAUGCACUGAUGAUAGAUCAUAUAUAUUUGUUCAUUAGUAUGGAUUUCAUGUUACAUUUGGCCAAGCUAAAGGCUUCAAAGAUACCUUAAUAUUACUCAAAAUUUUGAGAUUUCAUGUGUAGAUGCCGACAGAGCUUCAAUUCAAGCUGAAAAAAAUCAGUUAGUCCAUUAAUCAACCCAAAUUUUUACCGACACC